UGCCAAUCAUUUGGCAUUUGAGCCAAACAACUUGCCGCCGUCGCACAAAGUACAAAAUUCUGUAAAUCCACUUCUAAUUAAUAUAAACAUGAGACUCUUACUCUGGGCGUGUGCGCUGUGUUUGGUUUGCAACAACACCAGUGGCAUGUUCGGCGCUUCUAAUGAUGACUUUAUCGGCGAUGCAAUAAGCGGUCUUAACGAUUACUUUGUCGAAGAUGCAGCAACAUCAACAUCGAAGCCUAACAAACCCGUUGCAACAGCGGAGACUACGACGGCGACUCCUGGAAUAUUCGAUGAAAUGGAAACGUCUCUGGAGCAUGCAACUGAUAAGCUCGACGGUCUAUGGCAACGGUUCAGAAAGGAACUUCGUAGAAUGAUGGGUAGCAUCAGUGGCAGCAAUGACGCUGACGGACAAAGUGCAACAACAAAAGUAACAGCGACUGGCAACUUACAGUCACAAAAGCCGAUUGUAAAUGAGAUGUUGGCCAAAACAAGUUCGACAACGGCAAUGCCAACAACAAUGAUAACAUCCACAACUACAACUCUGCCAGCGAUUGAGUUAGAAAUAACCUCGACAACGCCGCUUCCAUAAUGACUUCUGAAAAUAAACCUAAAUAACCUCAACACCCAACAAAAGAUCAGCUUUCAUUAACAUUCAAAUAACUCAAAAGAUAACACACUCGUAUUUACAAUUAAAAAUGUAAACAAAAGUAUAUUUCACAUUUGGCUGCACAGCUGGCUCAAUUAUUUGAACAGCUGUUGGUUAUUCAACAUCCCAAAAUAAUUUAACAACGCUGCUGCGAUAAAGAAAACACCCGAUCAUUCUCGAAAGUCAUGUUGAGGUGUUGUUUUUAUAUGCCUAUGUUAUUGCUAAUAAUAAACGCAUUUUCUGUUCAGCCAGCACCAUUGCUCAUAGCUGUA